UUUCUGGGGCUUAUUUACGUGCUCUAACACCCUGCCUAAUGGAAGCAUUCAAGGAUAAAUGCAAAUCUGUUUUCCGUAGCAGAGGUUGUUUCGGGUGCUUCACGAAACCUUCACUGAUUACCGCGGUGGAUGAUCCAUCGCAACGUCUAAAGGUUCAGGGCCAGAAAGUGAAGAGAUCCAGCUUUUCUGAAGAUUUCUGGAAUAGCAGUGCAUGUGAAAUGGAACAUAGCGGAGUCCGGUCCCAGAGGAGCAUGUCAUCGAACAACACAUCGAAUCUUGAUCCUUCUGGCAGCACAAGUCAACCUUCUGAGUUUAUAAAUCAUGGCCUUCUUCUUUGGAACCAAACAAGGCGACAAUGGCUCGGAAAUAAGCGGCCUGAGAAACACAUGCAGCCUCGAGAAACCACGAUAAAUUGGAAUACGAUCUACGAGAGUUUGCACUGCGAUUAUAAGCCGUUCCCCCGCCCGAUUCCGCUUCCCGUAAGUUCUCCUCCGCCUCGUAGCUAUUUUCUUACGAUAUCAUCGACCGUCCAUCCUCCUCCUAUAGUUCAUCAAGCCUUUUUGGGUUCACCAUGACAGGAAAUGGUGGAUUUUCUAGUUGAUAUUUGGGAGCAAGAGGGCUUAUAAAGUUAAACUAGAUGAUGCACAAAAUGAGCUACAAGAUUACAAAGGGAAUAUUUUUUCGAUUGUAAAUUGAAUUGUCCUCGAAUUGCCAAAGAAAAAUGCAAUAUUUUCCAGCAAUGUUAUCACGAGUAUAAUA